GCUUUUAUGUCUGCGCAGUUUGAGCCUCUAUCAUCAUGCUCAGGGUUUUUAAGGACGAACAAGUUACCGCAGACCACCUGCAGACCUGCUGCACUUCCAGCCUGCGCUCCACCUGAUCUUAACCCGAGUCUGCAGACUGUCGGGUAUCGUGUCAGUGGUCUUCAUCGGCUCUGACAGGGACCACGUGCGACGCCAGCGCUACUUACAGCGAGCGCGCAAGCAGGGCGUCACUGUGACUCACAGACAUAAAGACAUAGGGAUCGCGCGGGAGAAACGGCACUGAAACCAGCUGCCAUCAAAUCCAGACAGAUGACUUAACCCGGAGCGGGACAGCGGGCGGCACUCAGCGCGCGAGGGGCUCAAGUGACAUGAAAGAAACUGGAGGAGGAGAGGAGAGCGCGCGCGCGGGCGGUCAAUACGUGAGAGAGGUGCAGCAUGGUGAAGGAGAACCUCCCUGCAUGGAUCCAGGAUCCAGAGGAUCGGCUGCUUAACAUCAAUGUAGGAGGCCUGAAGCACAGCUUCUGCUCAAGCCUGCUCCAAAAGUUUCCAGACACACGUCUGUGUCGCCUUCUGUCCUGUGACACGGAGGAAGCCAUUCUCCAGAUUUGUGAUGACUAUGAUGUUCAGAAGAAAGAGUUUUAUUUUGACCGUAACCCUGGACUCUUCCCCUACGUCCUCCAUUUCUAUCAGACUGGAAAGUUACACAUCAUGGAGGAGCUGUGUGUCUUCUCCUUCUGCCAGGAGAUUGAGUAUUGGGGAAUCAAUGAGUUCUUCUUGGACAAUUGCUGUAGUUAUCGUUAUCAUGAUCGCAAACUGGAGAGCCAUCACAAGUCCUGGGAUGAGGAGAGUGACGUGAGCAGCGUGGACACCUCUGUGGAUGAGAUAUCUGAUCUCAACAAGGACAUUCAACAUUUCCAGGACAUGCGUUGUGGUAAUGUUCGUAAGUGCCUUUGGCUGACUUUAGAAAAUCCUGGAUAUUCCAUCCCAAGUAAACUCUUCAGCUUGCUGUCCAUCAGCGUCGUAUUAAUGUCAAUUGCUACCAUGUGCAUCAACAGCAUCCCAGAGUACCAGAUGUUUGAUGACAAUGGUCAGCAGAUUGAGGACCCAACCAUGCAUGCCUUGGAGAUCUUCUGUAUCUGCUGGUUCACUUUUGAAGUGGUGACACGUAUGAUCCUAGCCCCAAACCGCCAAAAGUUUUUCCUCCUUCCACUGAACAUGAUUGACAUUGUCUCAGUGGUGCCGAUUUACAUCACACUUUUUUUUGAUCUGGUUGCUGGUGGCGAAUCUGAGCUGGGGAACCUAGGGAAAAUCGUCCAGGUUCUUAGGCUGAUGAGGAUCUUCAGGGUACUUAAGUUGGCCAGACACUCAACUGGGCUGAGGUCACUAGGUGCUACAUUACGGCACAGUUACAGAGAGGUGGGCAUCCUGCUGCUGUACCUUGCUGUGGGCGUGUCAGUCUUCUCUGGUAUGGCAUACACUGCAGAAUACGAAGAGGAUGUAGGUUUGGACACCAUUCCAGCCUGCUGGUGGUGGGGUACAGUCAGCAUGACUACAGUUGGGUACGGAGACGUUGUGCCUGUUACAGUAGCAGGAAAGCUGGCAGCUUCCGGCUGCAUCCUGGGAGGCACACUGGUGGUGGCAUUACCCAUCACCAUCAUCUUCAACAAGUUCUCCCAUUUCUACCGCAAACAGAAAGCUCUGGAAGCUUCGGUGAGGAACAAUAACAAGAAGAGACUCGGGAUAAAUCGGCAGGAGGGAGAAGAGGAGGAGGUGUCUGAUGGGGAUAGUCAGUGUUUAGAGGAAGAGGAUGAGGAUGAAGAUGAUCAUAGAGGAGGGGUGGUGAACUACAGUUACAUAGACCAUCCGCUUCCAGUACCUUUAUGUCAGUACGAGAGAAGAGCACCACUCGCGAGGGGACAAUGACUACUUCAGCUUUCAGCAAAACCCAACUGUGAUUGAGUCAGAGCUUAUGUUGCUCUUAGAAAUACUGGGACAUAGGCCAAACACUAAAAUCAACAUGUUUAUACAUUUCUGUGUCAAGGGUUUUGGAUGGGCAGUAACAUAAUACAUGCAGUGACAUUACAUAAUAAUUAUAUCAAUACUCUAACCAUGUUUGUGUCCAAUUGUGUCUAAAUGUAGUCCAUCCUGAUGUUUACUUUCUUUUAAUGACACACACAGGGCUAGUUGAGUGUAACAGAACCCCCAGUGAAGAAUCUUGAUUCCCUGCAUGUUAUACUGCAUUUAAUGACAGAAAUGUUUUAUUAAAAAAGGUGUAAAUCAGGCUUUUCAGCAGUAAUUAUUCUUUCAGCUUCAAAAGAAAAGCUAGAACUGCUGUAUGAUUAGGUGCUAAUGCUAAAUAAGUGUUCAGGUGUGUUUUUGUGUAACACUUUAGUACUAAUAUUAAUUAUGAAAAAUAUUUGCCUCCUUACAGAUUUUAUUUUGUUUUUGCAUUUUUGUCAUACCUACAUUUUUAAAUGAUCAAACACAUGUUAAUAUCAAACAAAUACAAAAUAUUUAACCCUUUCAAACUUGAAUUAUCUCCAGUGAUGGAAAAAAAUGCAAGAAUUCUGUCUGUAAUAUACAGAAAAGAAGACCCUAAUAUUUUACUUUAAAAUCUAUAUAGCAAAUAAAUCAAAUAUUUCAAUUGUAUUGGGAGCCUGUGUGUAUUUCUUUUAUAUUUCAUAUCAACAUUUUUAUUCCGUAAACCAUUCCUAAACAAUGUGUUCUAAAAAACAUUACAUUUGUAAAAAUGAGCUGUUACUUUGCCUCAAUGGUUCUAGCACUACUGUUUUUUCAGUGCAGUGGAAAGGGCCAAGUUACAGGUUCAAUGGUUUAUAAACUUGUUCAUUGGCUGGUUCAUGCUCUAUUCUAAUGAACAACAGCUCUCAAAUAGAGCAACCAAACUUUAAUCAUAAUGAAAAUACACAAUGUUCAUUGUAAUAGAUGCAGGUUCUGAAAGGGUUAAAUAUAAAAAGUAUAUAUAAAAUAUAUAUGAUGAUUGUAUCAUUUCAACAUACUAUCUAAACCAAUCUAGUCAUUUUGUAAAAAAUGUAAUGUUAAAAAGGUUAAAUUUGCAUCACUCUCUUUUACUUUGUCUUUUUAUUUAAAAAUGUAUCCUUUGUGGUGUCACAUGGCGUAGCAUGUUUAUAGAAAUUGAGAGUUUAUUCAGAUGAAUUAAGCUUUUACAUCAACAUGCCAAUAUUCAUAGGAUUCAUAUUUAACAGGGGACUGUAAUGCCAUAUUAUACCAUAUAUGUAAAGCCAUAUUCUCCUGUGUGUUUCACAGUAGUCUGUUUGUAAUGAUGUCACAUAACACCUGCCCAUAAAGGGACUGGUUUAUUAAAGUUUGUAUUGAAUUCA